CUGAAUCAUGUACGCACACAAAACAAACUAGGUAUAUAAUACUCAAUACCUAUUGUCAAUGUUAAGAUGUACAGUUAAUUAUGUAACAUUUCUUGUAGACUGUACACAAGUCUCUCUCUCUUUCCCUCUUUUUAUUAGCAACAUGUCAUGUGACUUUAUUUUUUUAUUUUUUUUCAUAAUCAAUUAUUAUAAAUCACUUUUCUAAUAAGAAGAACAAAGGCACAGAUGAGUAAAUAAAGGAACAAUCUCUGAGGUCUACCAGCUUCCUGAUUGAAUGUGAGUCACGAAGUGCGAGCCAUGAUGUCACUUCCUUACGAACAAUGUCACAUAUAGUUAUUGCGGAAUAUAACAUCUUGCUUGAAAGAGAUUGCAUACUUUAAACGUUCUUUCUACUGCAGUCGACCACAGACAGACAGAGACCCCAAUGGAGAGGCACAUCAGACAACAACUUGUAAUUGAAGUUAGAAUCAUACAGCAGAUAUUAGUCUGUUAGAAAGGUAAUCAUACAGUAGAAGUAAGUUAAUACUAUAAGUAAAAGUAAAAAUUAUAUAUAUUACAAUAAAAGGACAGACAGUCUGAAUUAGUUGAUUAAUUGAUUGGUUGGGGUCAUCAUUGAUAUUCGGUACGGUUAGUUAAGAUGGCCGACUACGUCAACAAACAGAUGAUUGAAUUAAAAGAAGUUAAUCAAGAAUACCAGAAUAGAGCAACGAGGAGCGUGAAGACUGAGAUCCAUCUCUCAGAUGGAAGACUAAGACUCUACAGGCUGGCUGCUGUGUGUUUAGGAGUGCUGUGUGUUCUACAAGUAACUCUCAACAUCUCCCUGAGACUGGCUUUCUAUAACAGAGGCAAUGAGACUGCAGAGAAAGACCUGCUACAGACCAGUUACAACACCCUGAGUGAAGAGAGAGACCAGCUACAGACCAGUUACAACACCCUAACUGAAGAGAGAGACCAGCUACAGACCAGUUACAACACCCUGACUGAAGAGAGAGACCAGCUACAGACCAGUUACAAAACCCUGACUGAAGAGAGACACCAGGUAAAACCCAUUUACAACAAUCUGACUAAAAAGGGAAAGCAGCUACAGACCAGGUACAACACCCUGACUAAAGAGAGAGACCAGCUACAGACCAGUUACAACACCCUGACUAAAGAGAGAGACCAGCUACAGACCAGUUACAACACCCUGACUAAAGAGAGAGACCAGCUACAGAAGGAUAGAGAUGAUCUCACGUCAAAGUUCUCUAAUCUGAGUGAGUUAACCUGAUAAAUGAUCAAAACAACACAUAUCUAAUAUGCAGUAAACUUGUGUUCGUAUUCUACAAUAAUAGGUGCAGAAUAACAAGAUGGAAAUGCAUGUUGUUGUCUUGUAGAACAAAAAUGUCCUGAAGGUUGGCAGAAGUUUGAAUCCAGUUGGUACUUCCUGUCUACAGUGAAAAAACCCUGGAGGGAGAGUAGACAGGACUGUCUGAAGAGAGGAGCAGACAUGGUGAUCAUAAACAGUGAUAAGGAACAGGAGUUUCUCUUCAGCUUCUUUAAGAGAGCCUGGAUUGGUCUGACUGACUCUGUUACUGAGGGGACCUGGAAAUGGGUGGACGGCACCCCACUGACAACCCAAAGGUAAGAGACUACUGCUCUAAAAUAACACUGACCACCCCAAGGUAAGAGACUACUGCUCUAUAAUAACA